CCUUGGAUUGCGAACUGGCAUAUACGCCCGUCUAUCGCGGCCCGCUCCGUGCUGACAGCGCUCGUGUGCGCAAUCGUAGCCUAGGAUCGUGGGCAAGGUCGAGAUUCGGCCAGGCGCAGGCUAUUCGGCCCCCGUCAGUGUGUCGAUGGUGCGCAUCUGCCUCCAGCGGCGAGAGACGAUACACCCCGCGGCCGAGAAUGUCGCCAAGCGCCACCUCGGCACCCCGCGGCGCGAGACCAUGGACCUGGUCGGCAAGGAGGUCCUACUCUUUCGCUGCGUGUCGGGCAAGGAGGCGGAAAGCGUGAUCGCCAUGGACUUGCCCUUUCAGAUAUUCAUCCCGUUUGGGCGCGGCGGCGAGGAGAUCAACCGCCGCAUCCCACCAGCGAGUUUACAGCUACCCAGCCGGACCGCUGAGACUUUCUACGAGCUGGUUGUCACGGUGCAACAGGGACAGAGUAUACAGAACCGAUACACAUUCCCAAUCCCGCUCCAGCGGUACGACACCCUAUCGACCUUCGGCAUGUACAAUCGCCCAGAAGAAAAGGCCGUCACGGCAGACAACAUCGUGACACUAGGCAUAUCCCUUCCCAAGUGGAGCUACGGCCCCCUGGACCCCAUUACCGUCUACAUCAAGCUGGCGCCCAACCCGGACUGGCUGAGCAAGGCGAGGAGGGUGACGAUACAGAAGAUCACCCUGGCCAUCGAGGAGGAGAUAACUUACAACCCCGAGGGAGACGAGCCGACUAAGAAGAUCAACAAAAUCGCAAAGCACACGCAACCGGUAGGGACUAAGAUGCCCGAAACCGGAUACGUGACCAACCUGGGGUUGGUGUUCCCUGCGCGCGAUCUCAGAGACCCGGACGGCAUCAUCAAACGAGGGAAGCCCCAAUUCCCCAUGUACGAGGUGACAAGCUUCACAACAACAUCGACGCUGUACAAGAUCGAGUUCUUCUUGACUAUCAAGGCGCACAUGACUUCAGCGCGCGACAUUACGCUCCGCCAGCCGAUUGUAAUAUGUCCAAUGGACCAGCAGGCCUGCAAGGAAGAGAUGAAUGCGAUCGAACAAGCGGCGAAGGACGCCUCACAUGUCGACCCCAACAACCCGCUCCUACCGGACCGCACCAUCAUCCUCGCGAGCGAGAGGGAAGCGAUACGGCACCUCGGGCUAUGCGAGGUCGCAGGUGUCAAGAAGAUGCUCAUCGAAUGACGGGCCGUGCAAAUUGCGUGUCUGAGACAUUUGGCUGGGGGACCGGCCAGGACGCAGAUAUGUCUGUCUCUGCACCAUCUGCCACUCGAGACGGGUCCGCCCCAAAGUCUUUCGCGCGAAGCUGAGCCGAGAUAUGCUCACACGACCGGAGGACCAGGACCCAGAGCACUCGACUACUUUUGGGUGUUACUUGCCGCCACAAAACACUGUUCAGAUGAAUCUUGUGUGUGUGUUGGCAGACGGGGAUACGGCCCCUCUCGGGCUCCAGCA